AUGGGCAACCAAAGCUCCAAGCCCGAUGGCGGCUCGCCUAAAUCUGGCUCCGCUGACGGAAAUUUUCAGUCUUAUCCCUCCAUCAGCAGAAGCGACACCAAGGAAUCAUCCCGGUCAUUUCGCUCGUUGAGGUCAAAGAUUCCAGGGACUUUGAAAACUGACAGCCCCAGAAACUCUACACUGCUCAGCAAUGGAGAUUUCGAAAAGGGCCCCGAUGCCGCCUCCGUCCGAUCCGGCAAAAGCGGCCGUUCAAGCGCUUCCCGUGGCAGCCGCGGCGAAAAUACACUCAAACAUAGUUCUACUGACAUGUCGAUUGCGGACUCUAUGCUCUCCAACGAGCAACCGCCGCCAUCACCCGUCCAGUCCAGCGCUUCUAAGAGUCCCGGUCUUCACGACGUGAGCGCCGCCCAGGCCAGUGGUGAAGUCGACCAUGUUUCCGACCAGCCUCCCUCAGCAGCCGCAGCCAGCGCCAACACCCACCUACAAUCUCCUGGACAAUCAAUCUUGGUUCGUCGCGACAGCGCCAAUAGCCAGGUCAUGCAUAAGACGCCCUCGACCGAGUCCACCAAGGCCGACAGCAACUCCAACGUUGCCAUGGCAGACAUUAAAGAAAUGGAUCUCGACGAUUACAUCAAGCGUCUUUUGGAUGCUGGCUAUGCUGGCAAAGUCACGAAGAGCGUGUGCCUGAAGAAUGCAGAAAUUGUCGCCAUCUGCCAGCGCGCACGCGAAGUGUUUCUCUCUCAGCCCGCUUUACUUGAGCUCGAUGCGCCAGUCAAGGUUGUCGGUGACGUCCACGGACAAUAUACUGAUCUUAUCCGAAUGUUUGAAAUGUGCGGCUUCCCACCCAUGGCUAAUUAUCUCUUUCUCGGCGACUAUGUCGACCGCGGGAAGCAGUCUUUGGAAACUAUCCUUUUGCUCCUGUGUUACAAGCUCAAGUUCCCUGAGAAUUUCUUCUUAUUGCGCGGUAAUCACGAAUGUGCCAAUGUCACGCGAGUCUACGGCUUCUAUGACGAGUGCAAGCGAAGGUGCAACGUCAAAAUUUGGAAGACAUUCAUUGACUGCUUCAACACUCUCCCGAUUGCUGCCAUUGUCGCUGGCAAGAUUUUCUGCGUCCACGGCGGUCUCUCGCCAGCACUCAGCCACAUGGACGACAUUCGAAACAUUGCCCGCCCUACCGACGUUCCUGACUACGGUCUACUCAACGAUUUACUUUGGUCUGAUCCUGCAGACAUGGAUCAAGAUUGGGAAGCCAAUGAAAGAGGGGUGAGCUAUUGUUUUGGCAAGAGAGUCAUAACCGACUUCCUCGCUGUCCACGACUUUGAUCUUAUUUGUCGUGCACAUAUGGUCGUGGAAGAUGGCUACGAAUUUUUCAACGAUCGCGUUUUAGUGACAGUGUUCAGCGCACCCAACUACUGCGGCGAGUUCGACAAUUGGGGGGCCGUUAUGUCAGUCAAUUCGGAACUUCUAUGCAGCUUUGAGCUCCUCAAGCCUCUCGACUCGAGUGCCCUCAAAAGUCAUAUCAAGAAAGGCCGUAACAAGAGACAACACAUGCUGAACAGCCCUCCCGCAAGCGUCCAUCCGCAGAGUGUAUGA